AUGCUCAUGAUGAUGUGCUGGUUUACUCCACCCUCACGGCUCAGUGUGGCCAAACGUCAGGGCUUGCUGAACUUCCUGGACGCCUUCGGCAAGUGGUCUUUGGUGGAUACGUUUGUCAUGAUCCUGUUCAUGGUUGCCUUUAAGUUUGAUCUCAGCGCGCCCGACGGCCCGGGAAUUCUGCAGGACAUCUUUCGCGAGUCUGGCGAUUCCGCGACCUUCGGCGUGCAGGUCGACGCCAUGUUUGGCUUCUACACCUUCCUCAUCGCCACCUUCAUGUCCCUGGUGUGCGGCCAUGUCACCACAGCUUGCCACCGCUAUGCGCACAAGCUGGGUGAGUUUGCGGUGGAGGACGAUGCACCUUGA